CCAAGAUAUCUGAUCGGCUCAUUGAAAAUUUAUCACGAAAUGGCAACGUAACGCCAAAAAACUCUCCGUUUCAAAUGGCAUUUGGCAUAGAUGCAUUGUCCUUUCCUAACAGGAAGUUCAAAAUUUUUAUUUUGUUCAUUCUUGGAACUAUUUUAGUAGGUAAGUGAGGCGAUCCACGAUAAUAUCAUGUCACACGUGCCAGGGCUUUUUGUCGGUUUGUUUUGUUGAAUACAAUUGGUCUCACGGUCUUUGUUUUCUCAAAUUCCAGUCACCUGGGCCACAGUUAAUCGUAACAGAACAGUCACACUCAAUGAAGGGAGGUGAGAGAAGCCGAACUUUGUAAUCUGGUCUGCUUACAUUCAGAACUGUUUGUGUGAUACAUCACAGCUGAUCAAGUCAAUAUCACGUUUGCGUAGUAAACAUAUUCUUUCAUUUUGUUUCAUCGUGUGCAUCAUAGUUUCGAAGACUUGAUAAUACUGGAUAGACCCAUAGAUUUGUUAAUUGUGCAUUUUCUUGCGCAUACCCUAUACUAUACGUGUUUGACGGUUAUUUACAGCAAUGUCGAGAAAGGUUGUCGGAAAAAGUGCACGCGACAAUCCCCAAAGGUAUUAUGGGUGGUUUGGAGUGCUCUGUUCUUCAAAGAAAUUUGAAAGAAUGUCACGGGAUAUUUGCGAUGUUAUGUUUGCGAUUACUGAAGGAAAGCAACAAAAGUAGGUUCGACAGCUGCAGUCGCUAGGAACAGUGUAUUGAUCAUAUCCCAUAUUACCUUUCGGGAUUGUCGCGUGCACAUUUUUUCCGACAACCUUUCUCGAAAUAACUGUAUAAGGAAUAGUAAGUGAGAUUACAUGCAUGAGUUAUAUUUUAAGGACUUAGAUUAUAUUAGACCACACAGAAAUUUUACCAUCUGCUGUAUUCGUUGUGUAUGGUGAGCUCUAAGCAUUUGUAUUGAUUCAGUUUAGUUCUGGUUUCAUUUAUUUCAUUUCCAUUUCUUUUCUUUUAUUGACACUCAUCACCAUGCAUUACAUGUUCAAUGCACAAAAUAAAGUAAAAUAUAAAAAUAAUUUUAUUAAUUUAUUGAACCACAGAUGAAGCUGAACCUCAACAAAUUAAAUACUUGCAUUUUUUACUAAUAUUUUCCCCCAGCUUAACGAGGUGUAUAUUUCCUAUAACUACAAACAUUUUUAUCUCGGAGUCUUCCAGACAGUGCAUAAAUCUUCUGCUCCAGUGCAGCUCACCUAAUCUCCUGGAUAAAAUUGGUUUUUGAGCUUCUCUGUCCUUUAGUUUGGGAAUUUGCCAUUUUUUGAAAAAUCUUUUGAUUCAUAGUGAAGUUUCUGGAGCAUUUUUGCAUGUAUUUCAUCACUGACUGUAAAGAUUAUUUUAUCAUUCCCAUGUUUUAAUUUUGGGAACUGGGUCAAUUUUUGCUUCUUGGGGACGGGAGGUUGGAGGCUCGGUUGUUGAUAUCCAGAAGUUGGCAUCUCUGCAAUGGAUGGGUUUGGCACAGUGGUAAAUAUAUAAUAUAAAUAAAAACAAGCUAAGAACUGUAUUGCUAGUAAAGCGUGGUGUCGACAGGAUCAUUUUAUUGCUAAAAAACCUUCAGCUAUAGAUCACAGUGAGAAUUGUUAAAAUAAUAGAAAUGAAUCUUUUUAUAAAAUGACUGUAGCAAUUAAUCAAAGCAUUCUUUGUGACAGCAAUCGCUGAGAUAAACUUAUAUUCUCUUUUAAGGGUGCAUCCCAUGAGAUUGCUUAGAUCAAAGAACAUUUUUUAGCAAUUAUUGUUAUUUUUUUUUUCAGGAUCUCCCAAAGAGUUUUAGAUGAUUUGAAGAAAGAUUUAGAAAAAUUUAAUAUAGAGGUACAUAUUGAUAAAAAGGAGGCAGAAAUCCACUUAAGACAUGAAUCCUAAAACCAAUGUAUGCUGUAGAUAUUUGUCGGUGAACCAACUAUAAAUUGUCAAGUUACCUUAGAAAUUGUAGUCAUUAGUGAAAGUUUAUCUUGCAGAUUGUCAAAAUUUCAGGUUUGAGUUCUUGAUGCAUAUAAUGAAGCAUAUUUACUUAAGCCUACUGUAGGCAAUCUCUCUGAUCUCAUGCUAAUUUGGGAUUUGUUUGUCAUGGCUAGCCCACGUUUGGGCUCAUUGAGGUGUGAGAAGUCUUGCAAAACUACCAUUCAUUUUUUUAAAUUUAGAAGUGAAACAUUAUCUUUUGUUUUCCAUUUCAGAUAAAUGAGAAAAUAAGGCCAUUAGACCUCAGAAUAACAAAUUUAGAAAACAAGUAUGUUGAUGUGAUUGAUGAUGCUUGCACAUUUGUAUUACUUGGUGUAAUUUACGGUUUUAAAAUUGUUGAUGUUUUGUUUUGUUUUGUUAAUGAAUGUCUGUGGACAUCUAUAGCAAGCAGGGUGCAUGGGGGCAAAGGGGCUUGAUCAUGCUCCCUUUUUGUCUGAAAAAGCAGCCACUAUUUUUUUUAUGGAGUUAUCUGUAAAAUCCAUCCUCUUGGUCCUUAUGUUUAUCCUGUCUAACUUAACAAGUUUAUAGUACCCAAAUAAAUAUCAAUAAUAGCUGUUUUAAGCAACAUUUAUGGACACAGAAUUAUGCUCUCAAUGUUUUUAACCAAUGAGCAAAUAGUAUCUAUGUACUUGGCAAGUCUCCAGGCCCCCCUCUUUCCCUAAGUGUUUGAAUCUCAGGGCUCAAAAAAACUUGAAUACCAGCUUGUCCUUUGGGCAAGCAGCAGUCACAUGUUGCUUGCACUGAAGGGUCUCUUCUUGCUUACAUGUAUUUAACAAUUGCCCACAAGAUUCCAUAGUCUACACUCUUAUAGACAAUGACGUCAUAAAAAUGUUCAAAACUCAAGUGGAACCACGAGCCGCCAGCAAGUGGUUUCACUGCAAAGUUUUGAACAUUUUAUGGCGUCAUUUCUAUGGCCUAUAAGAGUGUAGACCAUGGAAAAGUUGUGGUUGAUUUGUUUUUUACAGUAACAUUUAUUUUUUUACAAAAAAUAAAAAGCAAAACAACCAGCACUGUGUGACGUGUUAUGUCAUUUCCAUAGCUUCUUGACCAAUCAGCGCACAAGGAUUUGCUCAGUUAUUGUAAAAAUCCCAGUUAAUGAUUUUGUGAGAGGAUUACUUGCCUAGACGUCCUUGCCCAUGGCAAGUAAGCUUUAAAAUUUACUUGCCCAGCAAGAAAAUCUACAUCCCACACUACCAGAUGGGAAUUUUUUUUGAGUCCUGCUCCUCUGCAUGAAUAUGAAUACCUCUCUAUUAUGGACAGUUAUUUUUGGUUUCUUAAAAUUCAAGACUUUAUACCAGCCUUUUGUUUAUAAAUGUGGACACCGUCUAUAUACCUCCUCAUUGCAAACAGUUCCAAACAGUCCAUCUCAGUAAUAAAAAUCAGUGUUUUGCAACAGCUCUAGUUACUUCCAAAUUGCGUUUACCACUGCAUGUACAUGUAAACCUCAUUGUAGCCUACAUUUGUUUAUACAGUUUUGUACUGGCAAUAAGGGUGAAUGCUAAAAAAUUAUGUAGACUAUAGCUAAUCUACAUGUAACUUAAUAUGUAUGUUGGUUUUUGUUCACAAACAGGGAUAGAAAAUACCCUCCAGUAAAAUAUUUAGCAGAGAAAGAUCGAAAAAGAAUUCUGGUGAGUCCAACUUUGAGUGUGUGUUUAUUUUAAAUUUCUAGAUUGAAGUAAUGUCCAGUGUGUAAAUAAAGUCAGUUUUAUAGCUUGCCAUUUGGCACUAGCCCAAAAGUCAUUUCAACAAGCUCUCAAAAAUUUUUGAUGAGCAUUGAUUACAGAUCUUCUGUUAUUUGAAUUCCCCAAAAAACUUCACUUUCCCGUCAGGCAAGAAUUCAUUGCCUAAUAGCAAAAUCAACUAUCCCCAGGCUAUAUAUAGGACUCUACUUUCUUGGUACUCUGAAAUGUCAUUUACAUAUUUUUAUAAAUUUACAAGGUACAUUGUAUAAGUCAGAACUUUACUUUUUAAUUUUUGCUGUGUAAAUUAAAGAUUUUAGGUUGUCAUAACUUUUUAGAUUACAGGUGGCGCAGGAUUUGUGGGAUCCCACCUUGCUGAUGCUUUGGUGAUGGCAGGACAUGAGGUACCAUCUUUCAUAAACCAGUAAUAAAAAGCUAGUGCACACAAGUGGUUGGGUGGGAGGGGGAGGGGAGUACUCCUAUAUAUACGGGGAGGCUCUGUUUAAAAGGGGUACCUUUUUAGGCUUUAUGUACCAUAAAUCCCCUGCUAAGCCCCCCCCCCUAAGCCCUCCCUUUUCAGAGAAAGUAAGUUAAUAAGCCCCCCUCCCCUCCUCCUUAUUAUUUUUCACUGAUAAAUAGACUUUAUUAAUCAAUUACAGUGUAUGACUGUAAAACUUUGUAUGGACUGAUCCAGGAUGUUUUUGUCCCUUGCAUUUCGGCUGCAUAACCUCCAACCGUUGUUUUCCACUUUACAUCCUAGUUUUUUAUGGAUACCUGAUACCAUUGUCUUUGCUAAGUUAAAUAUCCCCCCUCAAAAGUGUUUGAAAUAAAUAAGGCCGGGGGUGGAGGAGGGGGGUGGGCUUGAUUUAUGGUAUAUGAAAGGGUAGAGAAUUUCGUCAUUUUGGUCCAUGAAAAGGCCCUAAAGGCCUAACAUGCAUUUUAUGAAAAAGUCAAGAAAAACGUUCUGGUUUGAGGUUUAUGCACAUCUUAAAGAGAGUGCAAUUACAGCAGUUAAAGGGAUGUGAAGGUUUAAACUAGGUAUUUGAAAGGGGUGCCAUUUGCCAAUAGAAGAUAUGCAAUUUGUGCCAACAGUGGUAUAUGAAAGCAGAAAUUGGACCUUGCGCAAAACCUCCCCAUAUAAAACUUUGUUGAGUACCCCCCUGAUAAUCAGAAGGGAGACUAAUGUUCAUGGUAGAAAUGAAAGGCACAGAUUGAUUAUGCACAAAUGUAUAAUUAAAGUGGAAUAGCCAUUGUCAUUAUCAUUGUCAUCAUCACUGACAUCAUGCUACAGAUCACUGGACUAAAUGUAGACCACAAGCCCUAGGAUUUCAUGGUAACGAUUGUUUCAGAGAUCGUGUCGUUACCAUGAUCUUAAAACAACAGAACUGAAAAAAGUUUCCCAGUGACAUAUCCUGAUAUAUUCAGACUGAGGGAUCAAAAUACACAAAUAUAGUAUUUUUCCACUCAGAUUCUUAACUAGUAGAGCAAUUCUUAAAGACUCAGCUUGUGUAAAAACGAAAUUUUAAAAAACGUUUGCGUUUUUCUAUUGUCCUCCAUCUUGAAUGGUUCCCAAAGUGCAUUGCACACCAGGUGUCCAUCUUAUAGAGGUGUCUGUUAAGAGAGGGUUGACUGUAACUAGAAGUAAAACAGUUGCUUUAUUGUUAAUUUCAGGUAACAGUUGUAGAUAACUUUUUCACAGGAAGGAAGAGAAAUAUUGAACACUGGUAGGAAUAAAUCUUAAACAUUGCAAUGCACUAAGAAUUGAGUUUCAAGUUUAGUGUGUAUAAUCUAGUCAGAUGAAGCUUGCAGUAAGUGCAUAUUAGAUUAUUUUGCUGACUUGUUUUGCAGGAUUGGGCAUGAGAACUUUGACCUUUUAAAUCAUGAUGUAGUUGAACCUCUUUUAUUAGAAGGUGGGUGACUUUAACAUGAUUUGUAUGUGAUUUAUGCACUCCCUGUAGCCAUUCAUAAGGUGCAAUGUUUUGAUUAGCUGUCUUCUGAGCAUUCUUCCUGAUCCAGCUGUGUUCAUGUUAUUGUAAAGAAUGACAGUUAGUGGUAAAGUAACUGCCAACUUUUUCAAGCAUUUUAAGUAUUUCUUCUUUGACUGAUUAAUACAGGAUAUCUGUUCUUCUGCUGACGUUAAUAAUGGCUUUAAGCUGUGGCUAUUUUCUUGAUGACAGGUUUUUAUAGCAAAGAAUAAAGUAUUGAAAACACACUUAAUUUUUAUAUAGCUGUCAGUGUGAACCCAAAAAGGUCAGCUACAUGUAUGUUUUAUAAUCACAAUGCAAAUUAACUAAGUUAAUUAUAUUGUGUUUUUUUUGUAAAUAUUAAAUUUUAUCACUUACUGUCUUUCGACAUUUUAACCUCUUUAUUAAUCAAUGCAACUGGGUCACUAGAAAUUAUUAUUUAAAGUUCAGCUGUUUCACACUCCUAAUUAUACUUAGUUAGCCUUCAAGUCUACCUUUUAUAGAUCAGGUAUAUGUUACAGGUCAAAAUUGAAUUCAGGUAAGAACAUCAGAGCCUAAAGUAGGUUGAUUCUCAAUUUCCUAUGACUCCUACAGCCCUGUAGCCCUACAUAAAUUUGUAACUGAUCAUGAAUAACGUCUGAUCUUAAACGUCUAGGAGACAAAUUAAGGAUUGAGAAUCAACCUAGGUUAAAAUUUUUACCUGAACAUAAUCUUGACCUGCAACUCACAUUUUUUGACUAGCAGCAAAUACAGAGGGCUCACACACCCAAAAUACACUUUGUUUUAACUGUGUGAUAUGGUAAUUGUUUUUAUGAUGUUAUUCUCACAGUUGAUCAGAUUUAUCAUCUGGCUUCACCAGCAUCACCUCCUAAUUACAUGUACAAUCCUAUAAAGGUAAAACAACUCUCCACAAUCCUUUGAAUCUUUAGUGAAAAAAUGUAGGAAAGGGCACUUGAGAGAAGUAACCUAAAUUUGCAAACUUUUCUGGGGGAGAAAGCUUUGACACCCUCCUAGAGGCUUGCAUGUUCAGGACUGGUACUACAUGUAACAGCUUUGCAGCUCAAAAGAGUCUCCUUAUUUUCUUUCAAAGGGGAUUGGAAUGUCUGCCAGUUCAUCCCUUGCUGACUCUAGCAUGGUGGUUUUGAGCCAUCUGAAUGAGUUCAUGUAGCUGCUAAGAGCCUGUUAGAUAAAUGAUCACUAAUGUUGUGAUUGAACUAGACGUAUUCACACUGCAGUUUACCUUGUUUUAGUGCUAAAGGUAUCAUGUGCACCAUCCAAAAAUAGUACAGUAUAUAGGUAGUGAUUUUCUUGUUUUUCCAUUUUUGCAGACAAUCAAGACAAACACAAUUGGAACCCUUAAUAUGCUUGGUGAGAUUUUUAUUUUUUAGUCAUGUUUAUGCCAGUACGUCCACUGCACUAGACUGUUGCUGGUACUUGCAUUCCCACUUUCAGCUGACAUGCAUCAGUAGAAUAAGCAGUCAUCAAGAUUUUAUGCUUGUUAGCUUACUGUCUGCAGGCAGUGUCCUGUUCUUGGGAAAUGGGAAAUAACUCAUAAUUUUGUGUUUUCAUUUGAAGGACUUGCUAAGAGGGUGCACGCCAGACUUUUAUUGGCUUCAACAUCAGAAGUGUAUGGAGGUUAGUUUAUGUUAAAAAUAAAGAAUAUUGUAAUUAGAUUUUAAUUAUGAUUACUAGUAAAGUAGUUUAAAAUUAAUAACUCUAGCUUUGCUGUCAAACCAACAAAACUGAGAACACUUGAAAUAUUUCAGGAAUGUUUAUUGUGGGGUGACCAAUCACAGCAAAGAUCAUGACACACGAGCAAGCCACAAAACCACAAACUAAUUAACGUUCUUGCAGAAUGCUUGUGGUUUAGUUUUCUCAGGAAUGAUUAGCUUUUUUCUAGCAACACAGUAACAUUCCAGUAACAUUUCUGGUGUUCACGGUUUCAUUGUGUUGACAUUAACGGCGCAUCACUGCACUCAGACAUGCUCUAAUACGACUGAACCUCCAUUAAUCGGCCACUCUCAGGGUACUGGCAAGUUGUGGCUUAAUAGAAGAGGCCGCUUCAUCGUAUUCUUGAAAUAAAGGCAAACUACACUGCUAUUUAAGAGGCGACAACAGUGGGAGAACUCUCGUUGGGAAGGCCAAAAUGUGGCCAUAGCUGCUUAAUAGAGGUUUAAGAUCCCAUUUGUUUCUACAAUUAUUUGAGGACUUUGAUUACUGGCUGCUUAAUAGAAGGUAGUGGCUUAAUAAGUAACUAUAAGUGGCUGCUGAAUGCAAGUUCAACUGUAAUAAAAUUGUGACGUUGUCCAUGUGUCUUUUAUAAGGUAAUAUUUAUCACAAACAGACAAUGAUUAAUUGAUUUUAUUGUAAGUUUAUCAACCUCAUUAAUUAUUGAAAUGGUUACACAACCAAAUUUCAAAUUUGGACGUACACUAGUACUGUAGGAGUGCACAACACUGAACUGUGUGCCUGGGUCUUAACAGUGUAACUUUUAAUAAGGUUUUCUUUUACACAUUGUCACUCUUUAGACAUUGCCAUUAUUUAAUUCUUUAUAGUUAACCAACUAUAGUUUACCGAAUUUGAAAGACAGGUGCCAAAGUAAUUACACUUGAUGCCAGUUGUACUAAAGGGACAGCAGAAGGCUCAGUAGCUUAGUUUUUUUAUAGACUGAGGUGAAAAGAGUGGAAGAUUUCACAUGUUUUGCAAAGAGAAAAUAGCUGAUAAUUUCUGCAUAAAUGACAUAGAAAGAAUUAUAGCAAAACACUCUCUGCUGAUGACAAAUUGUAUUAGAGCCAGGAAUAUUUGCCAGACCAAAAACCUAUUGACCAGCACCCUUCCAAACCUCUUAUUUCAUUGGUCACUUUAACCUGCACUACCUAUUGCUUUCAGGGAUAGGGGCAUUGUUAUCCCCAUUGUUUCCCCAGCCAAUCACAAACCUUGUUUGGAAUCGGUGCAGGUUGACCUCUAAAAACAUCCCUUUAUAUCCUACAUUUGCCAAGGAAAAGGGGAAAUAAUGAAGACAGGAAGUCCCCACCAAUCGAAUCGAAGCAGGCAUGAUUGAAUAAUGAAGCAAUUAUUGGAUUUAGUAGCUUUCCUAUGAUAUGAAGAAUUAAGGACGAGGUGUAUAAUACAUGUAGCCUUCUCGAUCUGCAUAUAUCUUCAUAUCAUACUCAGCCUCAUGCAAUAAUUGCUAAUAAUCAAGUGUUCCAUGCAAUAAAAACUUGCACACUGUGCCUACUGUUUUAUUUAUUUAUUUGUUUGUUUUUUUGUUUUUACAUUUACAUGGUCGUCUUUGUGGUUUCUAGAUCCAGAGGUAGGUUUACAAUAAUUAUGUUGUAUCUAAUCUGUAGCUUUGUUUUAUACUCUAGUUUGUUUCAGUUGAAACACUUGAGAAGAAUAACUGCCCAAUUUUGUGACAAGUUAUUUUGUUUUCUUGCCAGUUGUAGAAAAUUUCAGUUUCACACCAUACUGGUCACUGAACUCAUCGACACUGCUAGAUGUAACAACAAAAAAGUUGAAUACAAAGGCAAUAAUUUUUAAGUUUUAUUAUAAACAAGCAAACAUCUGCAAGCAUUGUUUGUCAUUAACAAUUCAAUUGUGGCAAUUUGUGUGGCUUACUCAUAAUUAUUUCUUUUCUAUCUUAGAAACAUCCACAGCGAGAAGAUUAUUGGGGCCAUGUUAAUCCAAUUGGACCUCGAGCAUGUUAUGACGAAGGGAAACGUGUUGCAGAGACUAUGUGCUAUGCAUAUGCCAAACAGGUACCUAAAAGAACAUAGAGUAUUUCUCACAGACAGGUACCUAACAGGACAUAGAACACUACUUAUGCAUGACUAACUGCUCUUCAGGGGUUUCCUUUUGUGUAACUUUCAAGACUUUUGGAUUAAAGAAAUUCAUUCGGGUUCAAUUUUUGUCUUUUAUGGUAAUAUUUUGUACUUUUUAUGAAGAUGGCAACAAAGUCUUUGCUCUUUGCUCUCUGUUAAUGCUAGGAACAUGUGGAAGUUCGUGUGGCUAGGAUAUUCAACACAUUUGGACCAAGAAUGCAUAUGAAUGAUGGUAAUUAUAUCGUGCAUCACAGUAUUUCUGUUGGUUAUAGUCCGUGAGUUAACAAUAAUCAUUGACGGAUUCCGAAAAUGGACAAUUCAGUCAGAGGCCUUAACUUGGGAAUAUUUGUACACUUUUCCUCUAAAAUCUCGUAGAGAUUAUACUCCUUUAAUGAUUUUUAGAAUAUUGCUAAUGAAGAUAAAUGGGAGGGGAAAAGAAAAGAAAAGGAUACUUAAGUUUUGAAGUGACUGGAAAAUGAGAAAUUGAAGUGAACAAUUAGUAGACAAAGAUCAGAUACUCCUGAUUACAGUUGUAACUUGUUUGUAUACCCUUUUCUUCUCCACUCUCUUUCAUUCUCAAUUUAGCCUUCCCCACCCUUAAAAAAAAACCAACAUACGUGAAUUUUGUUUCGUUUUUUAUUUUUUCUACAUAGGUCGUGUUGUGAGCAAUUUUAUCAUGCAGGCUCUGGAGGGCAAACCUUUAACUGUAAGUUAAAACAACAAUCAAACAAGCAUGAUAAGACUUAUCUUUUUAGAACUGUAUAUUGGUGAUCAAUUUUAUAUUCAGUUCUUACUUGCAUGCAUAGACCUGCAUAUAUAUUCUUUUUAUUGUUAUUUUUUUAAAUGCAUUAUCUUUUGUUUGUUUCUUGUAAAGUGAUGCAGUUGUAAUGUGCAGCUGAUCAUUCUCAUGUUAAGUUGCACACAAUAAGUUCAUAAAUUAUUAUUAUUAUUAUUAUUAUUAUUAUUAUUAUUAUCAUUAUUAUUAUAGUGUUUGUUUGCCAGUAAAACUGUAUUUGUUCUAAAGUAAGUCAUAUGUCAUUGUCUUUUAAAGCUUUAUAUCUUUUGUAAUAAGAGUGGAUAUUUUUAGCAUACUCAGAGCAAUUGUUGGAGAUCCCUAUUAAAGGCGAGUGGGCUCCCUGGAUAAAUAUUAUUAUUAUUAUUGAUAGGAUCUCUUGUUUAUGUUAUUUGUGGAUCAAUUUAGACAAGUGACUUUGUGCAGUGUCCUUAUUUUGAUAGCGAGAGCCAGUCUCGAUAAAUUUUCUCACUAGGUAGAAAAAUUAGACAUUACCGUCAGAUGGAAAAACUUAUUGUUAGUUUGUGGUUGGUUGGAUUGCCAUUCAUGAUUGGCUGGCAUGGAGUCACGUGAGAACUUGUUGGAUUGUCAUUCAUGAUUGGCCAGUGUGGAGUCACGUGAGAACUUGUUAAAGUCCCUAAGGUUCGAGAUAUGUCCAGAAAUGCACGCAUUGGCGAAAAUGGCAGAAAUGGCAAUUAAUCGCCAAAAUCGCCAAACUAUAAACAAAAAUUCAAAUGAGAUGGCAAAGGGGCCCUUUGGAAAGGGCGAAAAUGGCAGAAAUGGCGCUUAAUCGCCAAAAUCGCCAAACUGUAAACAGAAAUUCAAAUGAGAUGGCAAAGGGGUCCUUUGAAAGUGGCGAUUUCGCGAAAAUGGCGAUUUGGCGAAAAUGGCAGAAAUGGCAAUUAAUCGCCAAAAUCGCCAAACUAUAAACAAAAAUUCAAAUGAGAUGGCAAAGGGGCCCUUUGCAAAGUGGCGAUUUCGCGAAAAAUGGCGAUUUUAAGCGAAAAUGGCAGAAAUGGCAAUUAAUCGCCAAAAUCGCCAAACUAUAAACAAAAUUCAAAUGAGAUGGCAAAGGGGCCCUUUGAAAGUGGCGAUUUCGCGAAAAUGGCGUGUUUGGCGAAAAUGGCAGAAAUGGCGCUUAAUCGCCAAAAUCGCCAAACUGUAAACAGAAAUUCAAAUGAGAUGGCAAAGGGUCCUUUGAAAGUGGCGAUUUCGCUAAAAUGGCGUGUUUGGCGAAAAAUGGCAGAAAUGGCAAUUAAUCGCCAAAAUCGCCAAACUAUAAACAAAAAUUCAAAUGAGAUGGCAAAGGGGCCCUUUGCAAAGUGGCGAUUUCGCGAAAAUGGCGAUUUGGCGAAAAUGGCAGAAAUGGCAAUUAAUCGCCAAAAUCGCCAAACUAUAAACAAAAUUCAAAUGAGAUGGCAAAGGGCCCUUUGGAAAGUGGCGAUUUCGGCGAAAAUGGCGUAUUUGGCGAAAAAUGGCAGAAAUGGCAAUUAAUCACCAAAAUCGCCAAACUAUAGACAAAAAUUCAAAUGAGAUGGCAAAGGGGCCCUUUGCAAAGUGGCGAUUUCAGCGAAAAUGGCGUAUUUGGCGAAAAUGGCAGAAAUGGCAAUUAAUCGCCAAAAUCGCCAAACUGUAAACAAAAAUUCAAAUGAGAUGGCAAAGGGGCCCUUUGGAAAGUGGCGAUUUCGGCGAAAAUGGCGUAUUUGGCGAAAAUGGCAGAAAUGGCGCUUAAUCGCCAAAAUUGCCAAACUGUAAACAAAAAUUCAAAUGAGAUGGCAAAGGGGCCCUUUGGAAAGUGAGGAUUUUGGCGAAAAUGGCGUGCACUAAUUCUGUAUCUUUUCAUCAACCACAAAUAAAAAAAAAAUAUAGAGUGCAUGUUGGCCUCGUUCUUAAAACGUGUUUUGGCAGAAACGGCAAUUACUCGAUGAAAUACCUAAUUUGUCAAGACAAAUUGAAAUGACAUAGCAAAGGGUCCCUUUUGAAAUGGCUAUUAAUUGCCAAAUAGUUAACCACAUAUUAAUAUAAAAAUGUUUCCAAUAGUAUAAUUGUAUACUAAUAAUGACACUAAGUGUCAUUAAUCUGUUUUUAAUGCUUUUACCUUUAAUUGAUAACCUCUUGUGAUUUGAAAUUCGUCCCACACAAGAGUGUUCGGUCGGGAAUUACCACUUAUAACUAAUUUCUUGCUCAAUUCAAAUCGAAUGGCCAACGAGUUGUAUUCAAUUAUCAGUAAAUGGUAAUCUUCGUAAUGUUCAUGGCAACUUUCUUACCAAAAAUCCAAGAUAGGUAUCCUUAAUUUUCCAGGCUUGUAGACAUUGUUUGAAUAGCGACAGUUCAACAUUAUAUGUUAUGAGGAAUCCAGGUUGGUUCUUGGCUACGCAUUCAGAUAAUUAGAUGGUCCGUAUUGCCUUGUAUAUCCAUCCUGUUUGUUAUAAUGGCGUUCAAUCGUACAAGUAUAUAUAAACGAGCUGGUUCAUUGCAGUUUCACAGAACAUGAACGUAUAAGGUUUAGUAGUUGUUAUACAGACGCGGCGACCAUGUUGAAAUAGUCGAUUUUGGAUAACUACUCUAUGUAAGUAGAAACGAUUAGUGUCAUUCCCAGCCGACUUUGGUGGUCACUCUAUGUUUAUAGCGCCUCUAUGUAAGCAAAACGAUUAAUGUCGUUCACAGGGACUCUCAGGCAAUUGUUAAAAUAGAAGGUAAAAAGGCCGGGUGACGUGUUUCGACGAGCAUUAGCAUUAGCAAUUUAAUGGAAACAUAUUGUACUGAGAAUUGGUUUGGUGGUCUCUGCGCAAAAAAACAAUACAUUUUCUAAAUUUCUGGCCCCGCCUCAUAAAGCAAUAAUGGGACACAUUUUUGAAGAACGAGACAAACAUGUACACUCUCUUUUUAUAUAUCUAGUUGAUGAAAAGAUACAGAAUUAGUUUGAAUGGGAUAUGUUUUAUGAAAGAGACAAACAAGUUAUUGCUUUGAUCCAAUGUUUAUGUUCAAUAAAUGCGGUAAGUAUUGGGCACAAGUGACAUUUCGUGCAGGUUUACAUAAAGUGGAAAUAAGCGAAAUCACACAUUUCAAAAUGGCGCACGCAAGCUGCUGGACAUUUCGGCUUUCGUUACUUUUAGGGGACCGUUUCUCUAAAGAGCAAAGCAAGUAAGUGCGAGAAGAAAGUGAAGAGUUUAAAACGACGGAAGAAGAUAAUGUGUAUAGUGGAGAACCAAAAAAGAAUGAAGGGCACACACUAGCUGGUUAUCGUGAAAGCAUCUUUUAGCCAGGAACCAUGCGUUUCGCAAUCGCUUUUGAUUUAAGGCUGCCUCACAAUUUAAUGGAACCAAUGUGAAGAGAAUUGUUUCGGCUUUCGUUACUUUUAGGGGACCGUUUCUCUAAAGAGCAAAGCAAGUAAGUGCGAGAAGAAAGUGAAGAGUUUAAAACGACGGAAGAAGAUAAUGUGUAUAGUGGAGAACCAAAAAAGAAUGAAGGGCACACACUAGCUGGUUAUCGUGAAAGCAUCUUUUAGCCAGGAACCAUGCGUUUCGCAAUCGCUUUUGAUUUAAGGCUGCCUCACAAUUUAAUGGAACCAAUGUGAAGAGAAUUGUAACCAGUGAGGAUUGUUAAGGUCUACAUCGAACCUCAAAAGUUAGAGUGUCCAUGGCAAGGAAUUAUUAUGAUUUCAAGGACUUGGUAGUUCUCUCCUCGAGUAAUUAGUGGACUUGUAAGUCUUUGAAAGGAAUGAACCAUACAAAAGCAAAUGAUGCUAGUGUGAUAUUUCAGCGCAUCACAUCACUUUUGGUAAGUCAAGCGACAUCGAAAGUAAGGAAAUGUUUACUUAACCUGUGAAGUACAUGGCACAAAUACAUAUUAGCUUAACUGAAACGACUUGCAUUUGUUGUUUUCAGAUAUAUUUGAUUCAGUUGUAUUUGAUAAAAUAAUGUUGUUUGACAGUUAGGUAAAGCUGUUUUGUCAUAUAUUUGAUUCAGUUGUAUUUGAUAAAUGUUGCCUCACAGUUAUUGGGGCCUCUUAUUAGGCAAGUAAUUUGAACUUUUUUUUAGUACUGUUGCCUCACAGUUAUAAGGACCUCUUUAGUUAUCUACUUUGAAGGGGCCACUUUUGGCAUCCAAUUUGAAUAUUUUGCCACAUAUCGCCAGCCCUCUGGCGAUUUUUGCCAAAAUUGCCAAUUUCGCCAAAAUCGCCAUUUUCGCCAAAAUCGCCAGCCUCCAAGGGGCCACUUUUGGCAUCCAAUUCAAAUCGCCAGAGGCUGGUGAUUUUUCGCCAGUUUCACCAUUUUCACCAUUGCAUGCAUGGCGAUUUUUGCCAAAAUUGCCAAUUUCGCCAAAAUCGCCAGCCUCCACGGGGCCACUUUUGGCAUCCAAUUCAAAUUGCCAGAGGCUGGUGAUUUUUCGCCAUUUUCGCCAUGGCAUGCAUGGCAAUUUUUGCCAAAAUCGCCAAUUUCGCCAAAAUCGCCAUUUUUGCCAAAAUCGCCAGCCUCCAAGGGGCCACUUUUGGCAUCCAAUUCAAAUCGCCAGCAGCUGGCGAUUUUUCGCCAGUUUCGCCAUUUUCGCCAUUGCAUGCAUUUCUGGACAUAAGUGUAAGGUUCAGUUGUUGGUGAGGUGCAGAAAACAAUUAUUUUAAUCGUUUUCUCCAUUUCACGAACAACUGAUCUUUAAAAAUAUCACCACCGUGGAUGAGAUAUCGUCGGGUAACGGGCACCCGUUUUGCGAAAAUCCUAUGCAGCCAAAUUAGGGGACCUGCAAGAAAGUACUGCACGAGAACAUAAAAUCACCUUGUGUAGAAUUGUAAAGGCCUUUCAUACCGGAGAGGGGUGGAGGGGGCUUUGAGAUUUCCCUCACAGCAAGUAAUGCUGGAAUCUUGUUUCUCUUGCUAAUUAGAUUUAGUUUAAUAACCGCCAAAUAAACAAAGAGAAAUAGGACAGCGCGAUGAGAUUCGUGAUGUUCUGUUGUCACUUUCUGUUUUAUCCAGGUUUAUGGAAGUGGGAAACAGACAAGAUCAUUCCAGUAUAUCAGGUGUGUGUUCUAAUUAUUAUUGUCAGGCAAAGUGUACUCUUUCAUUGUGAACUUAAAUUCAGAAACCUUUACACAAUGCGCUACUGACCAAGCGAGGUCAAGAUGGCUGGAUUAUGGCGAUGUUCUUUUUUGAGUUUUUGUUGACUGAGAUGAAGUUGAGGUCAAUAUAAAAUCGCAAAAAAGAACAAGACCAAUAUUCAGCCUUCUUGACUUAACAAGCUUGGUCAAUAAGGAUUUAUUAUAUGGCUAAAAAGAGAACUUUUACUUGCGGUACCAACGCGGGAAAUCCCGAGCGGGUAAGAUGAGUUCAUCUUGCCUGUUUGGGUAGCCAAUCAGAAUGUAGGAUUGGCCUCAUCUUGCUCACUCGCAGAUUCAUCCAUAUAAUAGAGACAUUAAUUGACUUAACACGUUUGUUAACAUUUCCCCAAGCUCGAUUUCAUGCAUUCUGGGAUUUUAAUUACGUAUCGCACUAAUAAUUAAUGUGCAUUCGUUGCCAGACUCUCAGUCUUGUUUUAUCUCUGUCCUCAUACCUCUCCCCCUUUUUUCAUUUUUAGUGAUCUUGUAAAUGGCCUUAUACUUCUAAUGAACAGUAACUUCUCCGAGCCUGUUAACAUAGUAAGUAUAAAGUGGAUUGUGAUCGCCACGUGCUACAGGACUUACGAACACGUGACCGCUCAAUUUGCUAUUACUCACCCUAUUAUUACGGACAGAGUGUGAAGGCGUUAAGCCGGUUAUCUAAGUUUUUAACCCAGGAAAAUCGUGGACUAAUUCACUUUUAUAAAUUUGCCCGUCAAUUCUGUUCGGCACACAAAGCUAAAACUCAAACUAUUCUCUGACUAUAGGAACGAACAAUUUUAAAACUAACAGCUCGUCCUAAGAUUUUGUAGCAAAUGACUUUCAGACAAACGUCUCCCACUUCCACCACAUCUCAGUUAUUAGUGAUACAAAAUGAUGACGUACGUACUUAAACGAACUGUCUCCUCCACAGAGGCCUCUUUGUGUCGUAGGGAGGCUGGGGAGAAGGGAAAAGAAAGCGCGCGGGGCACGAUGGGAAGGGGAAGAGAGAGAGCUCCCGCAUUUUCCCUCUUCCCAUCGUCCUCCGCUCGCCUUCUAUUUUUCGAUUAUUGUUCUUUCUAUAGAGUGUUUUCACUCACUUGGCCACGCGUUUGCAUAAGAAAAGAGUUCAACUCCUACAGGAAUAGUUUGUGACACCAACAUGGCCGCCGUUUCAUUGUUUUGGGACACAAAUAUGGCUGCCGUGACGUCAUGUGAAAACACUCUAUUGGGAUACCCAGCGAGUGUAAUAAACCCUUUCACGGUUUUUUCAACUUUUGACAUGGACAAGGUAGUUAAAAUCCAGGGACACCACUGGAAAAAGCACCUUAAAAUUAGUGAACUUGCCAAGUUUGAAAGUGAUAAUUAUGUCCUAGGGGAGCGAAGAUAUAACGCCGCAAAGUUGAGAAAAUUUACAUACAUUUGUAUUUUGGGGAGCAAUUUUGCCCUCCUCCCUCCCCUCCCCAACAUACAAACGUCUGUAAAUUAUCGCAACUUUGGGGAACUAAAUCUUCGACAGUUGUCAAAAAAUAAUUUUCAAACUUGGCGAUUUUACUAAUUUAACGGCGCUCUUCCCAGCAGGGUCAAUUGAUUGUCCCUAACUUGUCCAUGUCAAAAGUUUAAAAAACGUGGAAAAGUCUGUUUAUAUCAAAGAUGGUUGUUUUUAGGGGAACCCGUCAGAGCACACAAUAAUGGAGUUUGCAGAGAUGAUACGAGAUGCUGUAGGUAAGCGGCGGACGAGUAUUGAAAAACAAAAGUGAAAAAAAAGUAGUAGAGUUACCGUAAAAUUCCGAAAAUUAGCCCCGGGGCUUAUAUUUUUCAAAGGCCCCUUUUGAGGGGCGUAUUUUUGGAGGGGCUUAUGUACGGAGGGAAAUUUGCGUUUAAAAAUCGAUUGGGCUAGCCUUGUAGUUGGAAGGAAAUUUACCAUUUUUUCUUUGUUUUACUUUGUAUUUGAGGGCAGUUUUCCAAGUACAAGCCCCCCAGGGGGCUAUAUUUGGACGGGCGAUUUAACGGAGGGUGUUUUGCGUCACGAGUUUGGGGGCUUACAUUUGGAGGGGCUUAUACAUGGAGGGGCUUAUUUUUGGAAUUUUACGGUAUAUCACAUGUCAGAUGUUGCCGAAAUGAGAUAACAGUAAUUAAUCUAGUUUAGAAAAAGAAAGAAAUCGUUGUCUUGUGUUCACGUCGUCCAUACUUACUUAGGCCGGGAAUCACCCCGAGCCAAACGUCCUCCAUAAAUGAUAAAAUAAGGACAUUUUACUUCGCAGUCGUGCAGUGACGGCAAAGAAAUGAACUAAAAAGUGUAGCGCACGUGCCGAGUUUUUUUUUGCUUAUUUCAGGUGGGAAGACACCGAUUUUAAACCUCGCAAAGAUGGAGGAUGAUCCACAGAGACGUAAACCUGAUAUAACUCGCGCUAAAGUCAUACUUGGAUGGGAACCACAGGUAACUUUGAUUAGUUCAAAUCAAAGUUAUAGUAUUGUUUAGCAGCAUUCAGAGACUCGUCGAGUUAAUCGAAACCAACAGCAAAGAACGUGUUAUUUGAAUUGCAGUUCACGUACAAGUGAAGCCACAAUAGAACGAUUCCGUAGUUCAACGCUGUUGAAUAUAUUGAUGGAAAACUCUUGCUUUCUCUAUCUUCUUUUAGGUUUCUCUGAAUAUAGGCCUCAACAGAACGAUUGAAUAUUUUAGAAGGGAACUGGACAAAUCGAAGAAGUCUAAGCUGGUUGACUUAUAGCGUCAAGAAUUAUGAAGAAGUAUUAAAUGACAAUUCACUACACAGAAUUCGUGGAGCUGCAGAAUUACGCUGGUGAAGUGCGUGCUGAAGAGAGAAAUACGUGCAUGCAAAACUAGAUAGCUAAUUUAUUGGCAUGCGUACUACGAAAAUGUGACAAGGCUGAAAAUGCCAUUUUAUGCUUAAAGCAACUUAACACUCAUUUUUCAGUACUGUUUUGCUUCAUUGUCUUUUUCAAGAAAAUAAUGGACAAAGAUGGAUGUGGCCCAAAUAGCAACUUGUUGCAACGGCAGCUUCCAUAAAAGCUGUGUUUUUUUUAUUUUUUCAACGUGUAGCGCUUUGUUUGCUUUUCAAUGUAAAUUAAGAGGAAGAAAAGAGAGUUACCCUGAGGAAUCUACAGUUCGGCAUUUUAUCUUUGUUAAAUCGCUGUAAAAUCGCAGCAACAUUUGCUACCAGAAGCGCAACAAGGAGUAGCACGAAAGGGUAAAUUAUACUGGGCACUAAAGAAAAGUGCCUGUAUCAGUUGAAUGACCAUAUAUUUUCAAAGAAUUAUCUAUGAAUAUAGAAAAUGUUUAAAGCGUGAUAUUAUUUACACAUUUUAAAACACUUACUAGAACUAAAGAAAUGCGUACUUUAGGUUUAUUUUAAAACAGACAAGUUGUUUUCAUUCCAGACUUGUUGGCCCAGUUCGUAAUGCUCUGGUUCACCCGCUGAGUGGGAGUUUGAUAAAGUCAGAUCGUAAUCCUGGGUCUUAAAAAAUAAACGGUAAAACUAUGAUGGCUGUGAUUUGUGACGACGAAAAAAGCGAGAAAUCCGAAAGUG